UAUGGUGGAGAUCUCGGCGGGCUCUGAGCCGGCCGCUGCGGAGGGAGCCUGCGGGCUGGGCUCCGGCCCUGCGCGCGGGCCGGAGAUGCUGGGUGGCGACUCGGACGCCGGGGAUAAGGGAGUGGAGAGCGAUGCUGUGGGAGCUGUGGCCGCGCCGCCCGCCAUUGACUUCCCGGUUGAAGGCUCGGACCCCAAGUAUGACGAAUCUGAUGUUCCAGCAGAACUCCAAGUGUUAAAAGAACCCCUGCAACAGCCAACUUUCCCUUUUGUAGUUGCAAACCAACUGCUUCUGGUGUCUCUGCUGGAGCACUUGAGCCAUGUGCAUGAGCCAAACCCACUUCACUCUAAACAGGUGUUUCAAUUACUUUGCCAGACUUUCAUCAAGAUGGGGCUGCUGUCAUCUUUCACGUGCAGUGAUGAGUUCAGCUCAUUGAGACUGCAUCACAACAGAGCCAUCUCGCAUUUGAUGAGGUCUGCAAAAGAAAGAGUCCGUCAGGAUCCUUGUGAGGACAGCUCUUACAUGAAGAAAAUCAGAUCCAGAGAAAUAGCCUUUGAAGCACAAACUUCACGCUACUUAAAUGAAUUUGAGGAGCUUGCCAUCCUUGGAAAAGGUGGAUAUGGGAGAGUAUACAAGGUCAGAAAUAAAUUGGAUGGUCAACAUUAUGCAAUUAAGAAAAUCCUGAUUAAGGGUGCAACUAAAACAGAUUGUAUGAAGGUACUACGGGAAGUGAAAGUGCUAGCAGGGCUUCAGCACCCCAACAUCGUAGGCUAUCACACCGCGUGGAUCGAACAUGUUCAUGUAGUUCAGACACAGCCAGACAGAGCUCCUAUCCCAUUGCCUUCUCUCAAAGUGCUCUCUGACCAGGAAGAGGACAGAGAUCAAUAUAGUGGCAAAGAUAAUGAAAGCAGCUCGUCCAUUGUCUUUGCUGAAUUUACCUCAGAAAAAGAAAGACCCUCUGGUGAGCUUGACAUUGCAAAUGAAAAUAACAAAUUGGUGAACUACACCAGGGAUUUAGUCAUCAGGGACAGCAGUGAAUAUGCAUCGCCCUUUGAACACCACGAGAAUGGCCUGGCUGAUUUGUCCCCCAGAUCCAUCGUGAAACACCGGCUGCCACUUGAGCAGGAUUCAGACUUAGAGGGGAAUUUCAUAUCCACCGAGGAGUCUUGCGAAGGGAAUUUGAGCUUUCUGGGACAGACAGAGGUGCAGUACCACCUGAUGCUACACAUUCAGAUGCAGCUGUGCGAGCUCUCCCUGUGGGACUGGAUAGUGGAGAGAAACAAGCGCAGCCGCGACUGCGUGGACGAAACUGCCUGUCAGUACCUCCUGGGUCCUUAUGUUAUGGCCAGUGUUGCAACAAAAAUUUUUCAAGAAUUAGUGGAAGGUGUAUUUUAUAUACAUAACAUGGGAGUUGUGCACAGAGAUCUGAAGCCAAGAAAUAUAUUUCUUCAUGGCCCAGACCAGCAAGUAAAGAUCGGAGACUUUGGCCUGGCUUGCACAGAUAUUAUACAGAGCACAGAUUGGACGAAUAGAGAUGGGAAAGGCAUGCCAGUGCAUACUUCGCAAGUGGGGACUUGUCUGUAUGCUUCACCGGAGCAGUUGGAAGGAUCGGAGUAUGACGCCAAGUCAGAUAUGUAUAGCUUGGGUGUGAUCCUGCUGGAGCUCUUUCAGCCAUUUGGGACGGAAAUGGAGCGUGCAGCGGUUCUCACAGGUGUCCGAGUGGGCCGGAUCCCCGAGUCCCUCAGUAAGAGGUGUCCAGUGCAGGCCCAGUACAUCCAGCUCCUGACCAGGAGGGAUGCUUCCCAGAGGCCGUCUGCCCUGCAGCUGCUUCAGAGCGAACUUUUCCAAACAUCUGGAAAUGUGAAUCUCACUCUACAGAUGAAGAUAAUAGAGCAGGAGAAAGAAAUCGAAGAGCUGAAGAAGCAGCUGAGCCUCCUUUCUCAGUCCAAAGGGGUCAGGGGCUGACCUGGGCAAUGGGGCUGACCCUGCCACCUCUAAUGAGGUGACACCAGUCAUCUGAAAGUGGACUUACACUCGAAGUAAUCAACUGGAAUGUAUAUUUUCAAUCUUUCCCAGAGGUAGUGAUAUGAUUAUUGUGUUUAGCAAGCCUAUAUAAGACUUAUUAAAGAUGUAAAAGUAU